UCACUUCCGAGUGGAAACAAGAAAGGCAACCACUGUCACUGAACAACUUCUGAAUCAUUGAAUGCAGCAAGAAUGUCUAACAGAUAUGAAUGUAACGCGUUUGAAUACAAUUUUGCCAUUUUGGUAAGGAUUCCUGACAGUUUUCAGAAUAGUGCAAGAAAAUUUGAUCCAGAAGCAGAGAUUGACAUGGAAAAAGCGCGUAAAGAGCACAAAGAUCUUGUGGAGACUCUGAAGAAAUGUGAUGUGAGAACGAUUGAGCUUGAUGGGACAGAAGAAUACCCAGAAUGUCCUUUUGUUGACGACUGUGUUGUAGCUAUUGGUAAUACAGCCCUUAUAACCAGACCUGGAAGUAAAACUAGACAAGGAGAGGUUAGUGAAAUCAGAAGAUAUUUACAGAGUCAGAUGAAAAUGACCAUUGUAGAAAUUAGAGAUCCUGAUGCAAUUGUGGAAGGAGGAGAUGUAUUAUUUACGGGAAAAGAGAUAUUUGUUGGUAUUGGAACUGGUAGAAGGACCAAUGAGAAGGGUGCUCAGGCUGUAGUUGAUGCCUUCCCAGAAUACAAUGUUACACCUAUAAAUGUACCAGGAUCAAGAAGACUGAAAUCUAUGCUUAGCAUGGCUGGAUGGGAUAUCAUUGCUGUUGGAAGUAGUGAGGAAGCUCUUCUAACAUUUAAGCAAAUGAAAAGUCUUGCACAGUACAAGUAUCGCAUAUUAAGAUUGGACAGUGAUGAUGCAGCUAAUAUGCUGUAUGUAAAUGGUAGACUAAUACACAGAAGCAGAGAUGAAAUUGGUGAAAAAAGUUAUAGUAUACUGGAUGAAAAGAUUACGUAUGCCAAGCACAAGGUUGGAUUUUGGGAGAUCAGCAAGACUGGUGGAUAUCUAUCUAGUGCUGUACUACUAAUAAACAGAAACAAAAAACCUAAUUCUAUUGUAUCUAACAUAACCAGAGAAGAUACAACAAACUAUUCUGAAUGGAGGUCUAUGUAAAGUCAUUUGGAAAAUUGCAGCAAUAUUAAAGCUAUUUUAGAUUUUUGGGUCUGGCAUAUACACAUAAAUAUACACACACACAUACUGCAAGUUUAUUUAAAACAUAAAUUGAAACAGGAAGCUUAUACGAAUGUUUUAUUGAUUUUUUUAUAAUAUUUUAACAUAGAUCUGUAAGAUGGAAAAACAUAUUUUAAAAUACUUUACAUGAAAAUAAAUUUAUAAAGAUUUUAUUUCAAGUCCUUCAUAGAAGGGUGUUAUUUUAGAAAUAAAUGUAAUUUAUUUAUUGAAGUAAAAUAUGCAUUAUCAGAUUAGACUUUGCAAAUAAAGAUCAACAAGGCUCCAUUAAAGUAAUAUUCUCGUUUCACUGAGAAAAGAAUAGAAAAGAUUUGUUUAAAUGAAUUUUAACUAUUAUUCAAAGGGAUUCCUUCCAAUCUAUUAGUAAUUUUGCAUUGCAAGUAUAUCAGAAAGGAAUUUGAAUGUUUUCAUAUGAAUUAUUUUAGUGAAACUCUAUAACAACUGCAUCAAAACACUGUAAUAGAAUCAUUCUUAUUUUUGAUUUUGUUGAUGUAUGUACAUUUAUGGUGCUAUAAAUAUCUGACAAUCUAAGAAAGAUAAAAUUAUUUUCCUGUGAUUAAUUAUCAAAGAGCACGACUUGUUCAUUAUAGAUAUUAAUGUUGGGUAUAUUGUGUAAAGUCUGUGUGUAAAUGCCAGUAAAGUUUUAAUCAGAAUUACGUCCAAGUGAAAAUUUUUAGAUAUAAAAAAAAAUAUCAUCUAUUACGCUGUGAUCUUUUUCUGCCUUUAUUUUGUCAACUAUCUUGUUACUGUUCACAGGGACUCUUAUAUAAAAUCUGAAAAUUUGGUCAUUUGUUAUCUCCAUUUACUUAACACUUAAUUUACCCUGUACCUUUGACUUAAAGAAAAUUUUAUAAGGCCAUGUUGUAGCAAUUUCAGGAAACACCAGGCAAAGUUGUGUUGGGAGAGAUGUUUAAACUUGUCUCAAUUCUUAAAUGCAUGUGUUCCUCAAUUUCAAUAUCAGUUUAUAUAAACAAACUACCAUUUUUCUUAGUGACACACUUAUCAUUCUCAAAGUACAUGUAUGUCCUAUAAGUUUGCACAAUGAUUUAUCUUUCUAAAUAGAAUGACACUGUUCUACACAGAGCAACUUAAGUAAGACAUAGAUUUGUUUGCAAUGCAUAGCACCUAGUUACAUAUACUGACAAUUAAUUUAAGCAUUUUUUUUCUAAAUCAGUAACGAGGAGACUGCUAUCAUUUGAGAUGUAAUUCUAAUUUUAAUUUUAAUGCCCAUGUUAUUUGCUUAGCACUUAGUUAUUAUCUUUUUUAAUACUGCCAUAUUUUGUUAUAUUGUUCUUUAGAAUUAUAUUGGAUUUUUUUAGCAAAAUCCUUUUAAUGUGCAUUUGAUUUGUAUUAGCUAGAAAGGUGAAGAAAUAGAGAUUUCAUGGACAGAUUAUUCAAUGCUUAUAUUUAUACAACAUUUUCUAUAAUAAAUAAUAUUGAACAAUAAAUCAAUUUUCAUUAAUCUCUUUUUUUUGUAGGCAAGUCAAUGACAUUCUCCACUUAAAUAAAUAUAUAAUACUUUUAUUCGUCAACCAGUAAAGUUAACUGUUUGAUAAACCACAUCUAAAUGAUAAGUAAAUCAAGGAUUUAUAAAGUAAGAUCCUUGAUUCAGUAAAACUUUUUGAAAGAAAAUUUAUAGGUCUUUGGUAUAUCAGUUAGGAUUCCAUUUGAAGAUUUAUUAUCAUAUGUAUUUCAUCAUAUUAUUAAUCAAGAACAAUAAAGAGGUUGGAAUCUCCCAAAUGAAGGAAAAUUACAGCUGUCAUUUCUCAAACAUCAUUUAAAUAAGAUGUAGAUAUUGCUCUGUAAUAGAAAUUGUAAUAAUAAAUUAGUAAUAAGAUUUAACAUAUAAACGAUUUGAAAAGAAAUAAUGCAUAUUUUGUAAUUUAUCAAUUAUUUUGAGUUUAUUUCAUGUAGAGAGUUGUUAAACUUGUUAUCUUGUUAGCUGACACAAAAAUACCUCAAACUUGAAAAAUUCCAUAUCGGUGUUUGGCAGGUACUAUAUGUUGUAAAGUCAUUUUUUUGUGGUUUAUUUCUUUCUAAUAUAGGUUGUUUUGUGAAAUUUUGUUUAUGUCAAACAAUCGACUGAUUACUUCAAAUCAUCUUGAAAUCUUAUUUUUAUUACCAGUAGUAGACAAUCAAGCCACUAAGAAAAUUUCAAUGAAUACAGAUUUUACUAUAUCCCGUUGUCUACAGUUCUUUACUUAUUUAAUUCAGCUUACAUUUUUAGCAUUAUUUUAAUAUAGCUAUAUUCAACUAUUUAUGAAAUAAAAUUAAAACAACUCAUUUGAAUAAUUAAAGCAUCCCAUGUGGAUAAAAGUUGUAAAAAUUAUUCCUUAACAUCUAUGUCUUAUUCAAUCUUAAAUUAUUGAUAACUCCGUAACUGUAACAAAAGACAGCAAAACAAGAUUUCAGCAAAAUAUAUUUUUUUCCAGAACUUUAACUGAAAUUAAAUAAAUAUUUUUUUGUCAAUGUUUAAGGAAAUAAAAGCAACUGAAAAUAUAUCUUCUUUUUUUCAUUCAAAUUUGAAUGAAAUGUUUUUUAGGGUUUGUUUUUACAAACAGAAAAAAGUAAUAAAUACAAAAUGUUUUGAAGAAAUACUUCAUUUUACUAUCCGAUUUAUUAAGCAGUACAAAGCUUGAAUUGAUUCUUUUAAGACUGUUAUAUACCCUCAUUUGUGUUGUGAGUAAAUUUAUUUUUUAUUUUAUUAAAUAUAUUUUAACUAUUUUUUAUUUUAUAAAAAAUUUAUGUUGUGAUGUUUAAUUGAAAUGUUUUUUUUCUGUUAUUGGUGUAAAAAAAGUUUUUCUAUAAUGGGUGUUGAUAGAUGUAUUUAACAUGUUAUUUUUUUAUGAAUGAAAACUUACAUCAUUUCUAUUAACAUUUUUUCAUUUUAUCAGUAGUGUGAAGAGUAUGUUUUAAGGAUAUGGAAAGGAAAAACUGACGUUUUUUUUUUUUUAACUUUUUAUGGAUAUUUUCAGUUACCACAUCUUAAAUCAUUAUAUCUAGCGUAGAUAAAAUCACAGCUUAUUGCAAUUUUCAUAUAAUCAUGUCACCUAGAUUUUCUUAUAUUAAUUCUGUAUGAAACAAAUGACUUAUGUAUUUUUCAAUUUAGCAUUAUUGUAUAUGAUUGUUUCAAAUUUGAAAUUGCAGCUUCUUUAAGAAAAAAUAUAUAUGAAUAUAUAAAAUGCCUUAAUUA